AUGUCUGAUGGAAUUCACGACAUGAAGGAGUCCAAACUUACGGUGCGCAAGGAGAAGGAGAGGGCGACGGAUACAGCGCUCACUGCAGUGAGCGACCAAGGCGGAGCGGGACCGAAGACUAAGCGCGGACGGAUGGAGGACUGGUAUGGCAAGGGGGGGGGGAUCUUGGUGAAUCGUGUGGCCCACGAGGCAAUUUGCUUCUACUUCACGGGGACACGCACGGCGGAGCUUCAGUGCGAGCACCCCCUCUUCUUCAACAUGCUGCGAGCCGUCGCCGUCGCCGGAAGCAGCUACUUCUCCACCAAUAAUAGCUAUGUUGGAGGCGCUGGGCUGUUGGAGUGCAAGCAGCGGAUUGAGAAGGGAUUUGCGCCCAUUACGAAGACUUGGAAGGAGACGGGCGUGACAAUCGCCAGCGACAUGAUGACGGACAAGAUCGGGCGUGCGCAGAUGAACAUCAUCUGCAUCAACACCAGUGGUGCGGUUUUCCAAGAGGCGGUCGAUUGUAAGGCAGGGACAAAGAGUGGGGCGUUUAUCGUUUGCAUCCUGCAGCCGAUCAUCGAGAAGGUUGGGCCGGAGCACGUCGUCGCGCUUUGCAACUACGUGUCCACCGGCAAGUUGCUACUCAAGAAGUACCCGCACAUCAAGAUCGUACCCUGCGAUACUCGUGUGCUCGACUUGCAGAUGGAGGACAUCGGCAAGAUGGAUUGGGCGCAGGAGGUCGUUACAGUUGCGAACAACAUGAUCUCGUUCCUGCGCAUCCACCAGUGGACGCGUGCCUUCCUGCGGAAUUCGGCUCCAGCUGAUGCAGAUGGUGGUGCACAAGGACUGGGAGGAGAAGGGGAGGAAUCAGCAGAUUGGAAAGAAGGUGGAGUGGUGGAAGAAGGUGGAUACAUGAUAGAGCUGGCGUACAAGGUGAUGAGGAGGACGGAUGGGGCGGCGAAGGGGGUGAUGGGGGCGUUGUACGACAUCAUGCUUCAGCUGACAGAGGAGUUGUUGGCACUGUUGGAGAGCGCGGAUUGUCGGCUCAAAACGGCGGAUAAGGAGGGGGUGCAGGAGCAUUUGAGGUGGCAUUGGGACGAGAGUUUGGCGUGCCCCCUUCAUGUGGUAGGCCGGAUUCUGAACCCAUUCAACCAAGAUGAGGGGAUAUACCUCAAGGAUAUUGAGUGCACCAGGGUGAUGAAGGCUUGGCUGUCACGCUCGAGGGCCUUCGUCGAGAAGUACUGGAAGAACGCCGGCGGCACAAAGGGAACGAUGAAGGCCCUGCAUGAGGGGAUGAUGGCGUAUAUUGAGGGCGAUGGGUGCUUUGGGACAGAAGAGGCGAUAGAGGGGCGUGCGGAGCUGAAGGACGGGAAGGGGGACAUUGGUGACGUGGUGGAAGUUGAAGGGCUGGGAGUACGCCGACCUGGCUGGCCUUGCGAGCGGGGAUGGGCUGUGUGGGAUGGCGUGCACACGGCGCGAAGGAACAGACUGGGAUCGGAGAAGGUGCGCGACCUUGUGUUCGUUGCGCACAACUGGAAUGUUGUGCACAGCCACCACAGGGGUGCGGCUGGUGCAGGGCAAAGUGGGGAAGUAAGGAAGGUGGGGGUAGUUGAGGGGAACAUUCCCACCCUUCCCUUUCGCGAGGGGUGCAAGUUGGAGGGGGAUGGGGAGGUGGAGGUGGACGAGGAUGACUUGUGCGUCGAUGAGUACGAGCACGAGGAAGACAUGGAGGAGGAGGAGGAGAAGAAGGAGAGCGAGGAGGAUGAGGAUGAGUGA